AUGGCGGACGGUCCCGCGACUAGACAAUGGACCACUGGCUGCUGUGGCUUCUGCGACGACAUAAGCUCAUGCUGCUGCGUUCUGUGGUGUCCCUGUGUCGCCAUUGGCCGAAUCGCUGAGAUUGUUGACCAGGGAGAGACUGGUGCCUGCCAGGGGUGUUGCUGCUGGUACUGGAUCCAAGCUUUCACUAUCAGUACCCUCGGGUGCCUUUAUUCCAAGGGUUUCCGUACGAAGUUGCGAAGGAGGUACGGCCUUCCAGCAGCACCGUGCGGUGACUGCUUGAUGCACUGGUGCUGCCCCUGCUGCGCCGUCUCCCAGGAGUACCGCGAGCUGAAGAACCGUGGCUGGGACCCAUCUCUGGGUUACCAGGAAAACAAGAACAAGAAUCCGCCUCCCCAGCAGUUUAUGAGCUAA